AUGUCAUUUUCACGCUUUUCAUUAAAUAAAAACGAUAUUUUAUUAAUUUUGGUAUCAUUAGUAUUACCAUUUUAUGCAGUUAUUGUUCGUUGCGGGUUCUGGAGUAAAGAUUUUUUGAUCAACAUUUUAUUGACUCUGAUGUAUGGUCUACCAGGAUUAAUCCACAGCAUUUACAUAAUAUAUAUCACCAGUACCGAGAGAAACACUGAUGAGUAUUUAAACAUACAGGAUGAGUUAGAAAGUGGCAACACAAGAAGUGAUGCUGCUGCCAACACUGAUAAUAACAAAGGCGGUGCUAUUCGAUUAGGUGGUGCAGAUGAAGUUCCUGCCGUUGCUAACGCUAAUACUAUUAAUAAUGAAACUGUAAAUCACCACGCUGCUCCUGACAACUCGUUUCCACCAUCCUAUAGUGAAAUUGUGUCUCCAAAAGAAGAACGUUCAAGAUUACUAGGUGAUAACAAAAUUCAAAAAUCAUAG